GCCGUCGGCCCCUCGGCCGCCCCCCAUGGCUUGGCCGGGCGCCGAGGGUGCGGCUGACAGGCCGGUGUCCCCGGGCCGGGGCGGCCCGGUUGGCUCCGCGUCGUCGUCGUCCGCCUCCUCCGGCGGCUCGGCCUCCGCCUCGGCCUCGGCCUCGGCCUCGGCCUCGGCGGGAGCGGGGCUGUGGGCCGCGCUGUACGACUACGAGGCGCGCGGCGAGGACGAGCUGAGCCUGCGGCGCGGCCAGCUGGUGGAGGUGCUGUCCCAGGACGCCGCCGUGUCGGGCGACGAGGGCUGGUGGGCCGGCCAGGUGCAGCGGCGCCUCGGCAUCUUCCCCGCCAACUACGUGGCGCCGUGCCGCCCGGCCGCCAGCCUCCCGCCGCCGCCGCCGCCGCCGCCGCCCCGGCCCGGCUCGCCCGUGCACGUCGACUUCGCGCGGCUGCAGCUCCAGGAGCUCAUCGGCGCCGGCGGCUUCGGGCAGGUGUACCGCGCCACCUGGCAGGGCCAGGAGGUGGCGGUGAAGGCGGCGCGCCGGGACCCCGAGCAGGACGCGGCGGCGGCGGCCGAGAGCGUGCGGCGGGAGGCGAGGCUCUUCGCCAUGCUGCGGCACCCCAACAUCAUCGAGCUGCGCGGCGUGUGCCUGCAGCAGCCGCACCUCUGCUUGGUGCUCGAGUUCGCCCGCGGCGGAGCGCUCAACCGCGCCCUGGCCGCCGCCGCCGCCAGCCCCGACCCGCGCGCGCCCGGCCCGCGCCGCGCGCGCCGCAUCCCUCCGCACGUGCUGGUCAACUGGGCGGUGCAGAUCGCGCGCGGCAUGCUCUACCUGCACGAGGAGGCCUUCGUGCCCAUCCUGCAUCGGGACCUCAAGUCCAGCAACAUUUUGCUACUUGAGAGGAUAGAGCAUGAUGACUUCUGCAAUAAAACUUUGAAGAUUACAGAUUUUGGGUUGGCGAGAGAAUGGCACAGGACUACCAAAAUGAGUGCAGCAGGCACCUAUGCCUGGAUGGCGCCUGAAGUCAUCAAGUCUUCCUUGUUUUCUAAAGGAAGUGACAUCUGGAGCUACGGAGUCCUACUGUGGGAGCUGCUCACGGGAGAAGUCCCCUACCGUGGCAUUGAUGGGCUCGCUGUGGCUUAUGGGGUAGCAGUCAAUAAGCUCACCUUGCCCAUUCCAUCCACCUGCCCUGAGCCAUUUGCCAAGCUCAUGAAAGAAUGCUGGCAACAGGACCCUCACAUUCGUCCCUCAUUUGCCUUAAUUCUUGAACAACUGACGGCUAUUGAAGGGACAGUUAUGACCGAAAUGCCUCAGGAAUCUUUUCAUUCCAUGCAAGAUGACUGGAAGCUAGAAAUUCAACAAAUGUUUGAUGAGCUAAGAACAAAGGAAAAGGAGCUGCGGUCCCGCGAGGAGGAGCUGACACGGGCUGCCCUCCAGCAGAAGUCCCAGGAGGCGCUGCUCAGGCGGCGGGAGCAGCAGCUCGCCGAGCGGGAGAUUGACGUGCUCGAGCGGGAGCUGAACAUUUUGAUAUUCCAGUUAAACCAGGAGAAGCCCAAUGUCAAGAAGAGGAAGGGAAAGUUCAGGAGAAGUCGGUUAAAGCUCAAAGAUGGCCAUCGGAUCAGUUUACCUUCAGAUUUCCAGCAUAAAAUCACUGUCCAGGCCUCUCCCAACUUGGACAAACGGAGGAGUUUGAACAGCAAUGGCUCCAGUCCACCGAGUAGCCCCACAGUGAUUCCUCGGCUCCGAGCUAUACAGCUAACUUCAGAUGAAAGCAAUAAAACUUGGGGAAGGAACACUGUCUGUCGACAAGAAGAAUUUGAAGAUGUGAAAAAGAAUUUCAAGAAAAAAGGUUGUACCUGGGGACCUAAUUCAAUUCAAAUGAAAGAAAGAAGCGAUAGCAAAGAAAGAAUGAGACCUCUCUCAGACGGCAACAGUCCUUGGUCAACUCUCAUAAUAAAGAAUCAGAAAACCAUGCCGUUGGCAUCAUUAUUUGUGGACCAGCCAGGUGCUUCUGAAGAGUCAAAACUUUCCCCUGACGGAUCAGAAUACAGAAAACCAAAGCAAAUAAAAUCACCUGCUCAAGCCUAUGUUGAUCUACCUCUUUGGAAAGAUGGCCAGAGAGAGAAUCCAGUGGAACCUGGAAGCUGCGAGGAGGGACCCUCUUUGAGCCCUGCUGCUAGCACUCCUCAGGUGACCCCUACAAGUAAUCUGAGCAGAUCCCCCCAGAGAAAGAAGACAGAGUCUGCUCUCUAUGGCUGCUCCAUGUUGUUGGCAUCAGUAGCUCUGGGACUGGAUAUCAGAGAGCUUAAUAAAACACAGGCUGCUGAAGAACUCUUGCCCAAAGAAGAAAAGAAGAGACGUGAGGGAAUCUUCCAAUGGGCUCCCAAGGCCCGAGGCAGUGCCAUUCCCUGUACAAGGCCACCAUCUACAGGCGAGAGGGCCAGCAGCCUACCCCCACUCCCUCUGUCAAGCACCAUGAGCCUUCUGUCCAUGUCCUCUCUUUCCACAAAGUGCUUGCUACAGACUGACGGGGAAGAUUUGUCUGAAGGUAGCACACACAUCACUCCUGACCCCGAGACACCCACUCCAGAUUUUUGUGCCGCCAUCAGAGGAUGUAGUGGUGAGCCAGCUUCUAUGCCAAGACUUGAGACUGAUCAUAGUAGAUGGAAAAGCCCAUCUCCUCCUUUCUUAGAGCAGAUAUAUGGGAAUGUGCCUUAUUAUGCUUCUUCGAAAGAACAAGCAUCACAUCACAGACGAACCCUGUCUGAUGGAAAUGCUUUUCAGACCCCAGCAGCUGGUGCCACUCCGAGCACGGCCUCUGCAGACUGGGACCUGCCCCCUGAGCCGGCUCCGGGGGCUCCCCACUCCUCCGCCGGGCCUCAGGCGCACCUGCCAGGGAAGGCCCCGCCCAGAAAGCCAAGAGCUGGCAGCACGGUGCCCGGGCCUCACCUCGCGGCCCUCGGGAGCCGCACGGAGUCCCGGCCCGCCCUGCGUGGCCCCGGCCCCACCGGCGCCAAGGACAGGACUGCCGCGCACCUCCCUUCCCUGCUGGACGCCGGCGCCGCGGGCCAGAGCAGGGACAGCGCGGUGCCUUUGCGCGCCGUGAGGAGCAGGACUAGCCCACCGCCUAUCCAACAGCUGGAGAAAGAAUUUCUGUCUUAAGUGCCUUAUGUUGAUCGAGCGUUUUCUUCCCUUUUUUUUUUUUAAGAUGAACAAACUUAAACACUGUGUCUACCUUGAAACUGUCUCAUGCUGCUGGGUGUUGGAAAGCUGUGGCCAUGUUACUAACGUACUGAUGGAUGUCAGCCUUCUAGAAAACCAUGUAUGUGAUUGCUGUUAGCUGGCUGUAUUUUUUUUUCCCCUGCUGGAUUCUUACCUAGGAACUUGAAAUGCACACAAAUGUAAAACAAGGCAGGAGCAGCGGUAUAAAGCUGUGCUGGGUAGAAUUCCGGUAAGCAUAGUUACAGUGCUUCAUUUGUUGGCCACGUUCUUCUUGGUGACACCCAAAUUGGAACCAGGUACCAGGUGUGUCCCUCCCUUCGUUUUCUUCCCUUUUGCCGCUCCUUCCUUCUCUCUCUCUUUUUUCUUUUCAUUUCUUUUUUUAUUUGUACAACAAAAAGCCAAGAAUAAUGUGAUAUUAGUCAGUAAAGGUAUCUAUUUAAAAAAACAAAAUUGACUAGGAUACAUAGAGCAUCCCAGAGAAACCGCCUGAGCUCAGUAGUAGCGUGGAAGGCAUAAAUAUGUCCAGGUAUCACCUAAAUUAUGCCUGUUUCUCUUUUUGAGGAAAUUAUACUGAAUGUAACCUGGAAACGUUUUACUGAAUGUAACUUCUAAAAAUGUUUUCCAUCAGAACCCCAAAACAGAUUUUUAAAAAGUCAGUCGUGGACAUUUGGCUAAGACCACAUUAUGUCCACCUGAGCAAGGCUAAUCUGUCGGUGCUUCCUGUAGAAAAAGUUCUUGUUUCAUCAGUAGCCAUUUAUUUGGUAUCCAGAAUAUAAAGCUUUUUCAUUUUGUAGUAGGAUUUUUAAAAAAUAAGUGACAGAUGUGUCACAUAUUGUAAACAUUCAUGUCAUUUAAUCUUAUUUUUCUCUUUAUAUAUUUGUGAUUAUUCUAAUAAUCCCAAAUACCGUUAGAGAGAAACACUGCCAAAUCAAGAAACAGCAACACUGUUAGAAUAUAAGUAUUUUAUCGUUAUCUUCACAUUUCAGUAAAUGGUGGAUAAAUGUUAGACAUCUGCGAAGAUAAGCUGACAUGGCAGAAAUGACAAAUAUAGAUUAUUUUCAGAUAUGGUCUUUUAAAUGGAUUUGGGGUAGCAGAUCAGGAUUUUAAAUGAUUUUAUGAGUCGUUUUAUAAAAUCAUACAUCUAUGAUACAAAUCGACUACUAAAUUAUUAAACUACAGAAAUGGCUAUCCAGGAGCUUGUAAAUUUAUCUGGGUUUCUUUUGUUAAAUUCAUUAUGCUUCCCUUCUGUCACUAGAAUGUGGUUAUUUUGGAUGGCAAUUAAUACUUAAAAUUUUGCAUACAAGGAAAAACUAAAUUGUAAAUGUCACUUGACAUUUCAUUUAAAAUUUUACCUUGGUUAAGGCUUACUGAAUAACUGAAAUGUCAGCAAUUUAAAUCAGCUGUGACAAAAUAUCUACAUAUAGCAGAAAAAAGAAAAUGAUAUUAUUUGGCCACUUGAAACAUCAUAGUGACAUAGAUAUGUCCCAGCAGAUGGUGAACAGAGCAUGAAAGGAUUAUAUUAACAUAAGUGCAUUCUACCCCAAGGAAAACAAUCUGUGUUUAAAAUUCUGGCAGCAAAAUCUCAGGUACCUAGCUUCGUUUUGUGGUAUUAUGGUCCAUUCUAUGAUUUGGCUUCACUUUUGACAGAUUGGUGAAGUUAGAAAUCCAAAUUUGGUUUCCUCAAAAUUGUAUCACAUUUAAAAUUAUGGUUGGCUACUUCAUACCUAUUCAGUCAUUUGGGGGCAUGUAUUUCCUGCUAAAAGUAAAGAAAGUACACGCCUAAAAUAGUACAUGAAAGAAGUAUAGAAACUUCCUCAGUUUCGCUUCUGCCAAAACAUCGUGUGUGUGUGUGUGUGUGUGUGUGUGUACCCAUGUGUCUGUGCACAUGCGUUUGCGUAUGUGUGUGUGAGUGAGGGGUAGUUGUGGGUGUUCAUCUGUCUUGUCCCUCUACUCCAUUCCUUCCCCAUGUUGCUUCAUUGUAGUCAACUCUACAUUAUGAUGAAUUUAGAAAUGAAGCUGCAUUAAAAAGAUAAUUGCGAUACAAGGAUUCAAUCUCAUGUUAUAGCAAAUAGUUGUUUUUUGCUGAAAUCUGUUGUACAUUUGUGAUUUUGUGUGUAUUAGUAUACUUAGCAGAAUCUGGUUAUUUAUUUUCAUAGAGACUUACUAGCUCAUUGGAAGAGAAGUUAUGCUGAUUACUUACUAUUAACCAACAUUGAAGGUGCUCCUACUGCAGAAAUUGAAGGCCAGAGCCUGUUAUGCUGUAUUAUGAAGCCUUGUGACUGAAAAAGAUGUUUACAUAAGUUGUCUAUUUUUUUAAUAAACUUUUUUUCUAUAGCUA